CACAAAGCUGAGGUUUUAGCCACUAUCUCGCUCUCUUCCUCUGCUUCAUCUUCUUCAUCUUCGCGAAGCCAAAACCCAGCAGCAGAAUGAUGACAGCCACAUCAACGUCGCUAAUUCAGCGCGUAUGCUCUGUGCCUCUGGCACGUGCGGUCCGUACUCGCGCCAUGGCAGUGGUGAGCCUGAACCUGUCCACCACUCCAGCUCCUUCUCAAGCCUUGCGCGCCGACUCGCGCGUGCUCCUUGGCCUGUCCGAACCAGAGCUCCAGCAGCUCGCACUGGACUUAAAGCAGCAAAGCUACAGAGGGAAGCAGCUUCAUCAUCUUAUUUAUAAAAGAAAGAUUAAAGAUAUUCAGGAUUUCAGCCAAGUGCCUCUGGCAUUCAGGAAUGAGCUUGAGGAAGCUGGAUGGAAAGUUGGGAGGUCACCCAUUUAUCAGAGUGUCACUGCUGCUGAUGGCACUGUUAAGUUAUUGAUAAAGUUGGAGGAUAACAGAUUGAUUGAAACUGUUGGCAUACCAGUUAAAGAUGAGAAAGGUGUGAUGCGCCUUACAGCAUGUGUCUCCUCACAGGUGGGAUGCCCACUUCGUUGCUCUUUUUGUGCCACAGGAAAGGGAGGGUUUUCAAGGAACCUUAAGAUGCAUGAAAUCGUUGAGCAGGUUUUGGCUAUUGAGGAAAUCUUCAACCAUAGGGUGACCAAUGUAGUGUUCAUGGGAAUGGGUGAACCAAUGAUGAACCUGAAGUCAGUACUUGCAGCACACCAGUGUUUAAAUAAGGAUGUGCAAAUUGGGCAAAGAAUGAUUACAAUAUCUACUGUGGGGGUUCCAAAUACAAUAAAAAAGCUGGCAUCUCACAAGCUUCAGUCAACAUUGGCUGUCAGUCUGCAUGCUCCUAACCAGAAGCUCAGGGAAACAAUUGUGCCAAGUGCAAAAGCAUACCCUCUGAGUGCACUUAUGAAGGAUUGCAGGGACUAUUUCAUUGAAACCAGUAGACGGGUUUCCUUUGAGUAUGCACUUUUAGCUGGAGUCAAUGAUGCAGUAGAGCAUGCAGUUGAACUUGCAGAGCUACUCCAUGAGUGGGGGCGAGGCUAUCAUGUGAACUUGAUACCUUUUAACCCAAUAGAAGGCUCUGAGUAUCGGCGUCCAUCCAAGAAAGCUGUACAUGCAUUUGCAGCUGCUCUGGAGUCCAAUAGAGUAACUGUUAGCACACGUCAAACAAGGGGCUUGGAUGCAGAUGCAGCUUGUGGUCAGCUAAGAAACAAGUUCCAGAAGAGUCCCUUGCCCACUGACUCCGACAACUUACAACCUGAAGAAGAUGUUGCAGUUGCAUGUUGAUUGAUGUCAUAAUCUUUCUGGGUGUGCUCCUCGGCGGAGUGUUCUGUACACCACACAUUUCUGUGUUCCCGUCCCUUCAUCUGUAAGAAGCUUAAUGAAAGUGGUGUACAAAGUUGGAGCUGGUCUUCAUCAUCUACUUUUACUAGUGGUGGAUCGGUGUAUAGUGCUGCUGUGUUGGCUGUAGAAACCAAGUUUCUUCCUGCACAUGAUACUAAGGUUUUGUGGAGAACUGUUGCGCUUCCCCGAUAUCACAGCGAUGCUGAUUGUCAAUGGCUCACAGAGGCACAAGAAAAUAGCACUUCUCCUCAUCGGCUUACGAGAAAGAAAGAUAGAAAAAGGGUCUUUAUGCAAUAGUGGAUAGUUAGGCUACCUUCUGUGUAUGGCAUUUUAUUACAGUCAUAGUCCAUAGACUUGUAGGCGGAGAUGGCUCUCACGACAGGCAACAGACUAUGAAUUUCCAGUUGCUUCAACUGGCAUAGCUUUUAUUUGUUGAAUGAACUCUUACUAAAGUCUACAUUAAUCAACAUAUGCUCUGCUCCGACCAAAAUUUGUUA